AUGGGAUUGACUUGGCUUCUUUCAUUGCCAGCUCUUUUAGUAGCAGCUUCUUAUUUUGAUAGCCCAUAUGUUGAAGUUUUAAGCAGAAAUAACUUUGAUGAAGAAGUUUUGAAGUCUACUGAUAUUUGGUUUAUCAAUUUCAUAUCAGCAAAUGACCAAAAAAGCCAAAGAUUAGCGCCUAAAUGAAAUAAGGCAGCAGAAGAAUAUAAGGGGAAAGUCAGGUUUGGAAUAGUUGACAUGACAGAUGAUCAAUCAAUUGGCUCCCGCUAUGGAGUAACUUACCCCCACAAUGCUUGCUACUGAGGAGUCGUUUUUUUUUCCUUGAUAUAUAAAUUUUGAUAUUAUUUUUUUCUAAAUUUAAAGAUAUAUAUAUCAGAAUAUUAUAAAAAAUGCUUAUUAACGAGGGUAGUUUUACCCUGAUAGAAGGGAUUUUUCAAAUGCUUUUACAUCUUCAUAGAGGGAAGUUAUUAUCCUACUAUUAAGUUUUUUGGAAUUGAUAAAUCUCAGCCUCCAAAUAAUUAUUAUCCUGGUAAAAAAUUUGAAGAUAACAUGAAAGAGGCUUAUAGGUUCGCAAUCAGUCAAAUUGAGAAACUUAGCAUUGAAAAUAAGCCGCAGCCUCCAAGUGAGCCUCCAAAAAUCCAGGAAAAAGCGAAUUUACAAAAUUCAAAUCAAAAACCUGAGCAGAUAAUUAAAAAAAAUGUAGAAGUGCCUAAAGAUGAUAAUACUUUCAAUAAUGCAAAGCCUGGCCAAAUAGAAAAUAAUAUGUGAAUUUAUAAUGACAAACAGAUUGAGGAAGUACUACAAAGUGAACAAAUGUGACUCAUUUGCUUCUAUAAAUCUUACGGAGAGGUUUCUCAGAAAUUAAAUGCCCAGUUACCUAGAAUAGCUGCGUUUUUCAAAGACCAGGUUAAUGUAGCAAAGGUUGAUGCAGAAUUGAAUCCUCAAUAUGUCUUAAAAAAUAAAAUUACACAAUUUCCUUCACUAAAACUGCUUAACUCCCCCACUUUAAAUUGGAAAAUCCUAUUUCGAUUUAGAAGAGUUAAUUUUUUAAUAAAAUUAUUAUUAAAUUUUUCUAUAAAAAAUUUGUAAAAUCGUAAAUGAGUAAAUGAGUGAAUAAUUUGAAUUUUAAUUUAUUUUUAUGAAGAAUAAUUAAAAGAAUUAAUCGAUUCAGCGUGAAAAUUAAUUAUAUAACAUUCUAUUUGUACUUUCUUCAAUAAAAUAGGUCAAAAUUAAUUUCAUAAAAAUUAGUAUUUUCAUCUAUUUUUUUAAAAUUUUUUUUUAGGAUUUUUAAGAAAUAUAAAUUGAACACAAUAGUUUGAAUUUUAAUUUAUUUUUAUGAAGAAUUAUAUAAAAAAAUUAAUCGAUUCAGCGUAAAACUUAUUUAAAUGACAUUAUUCUUGCAUUUUUUUAUUAAAUUGGGUUGAAACAAAUUUUUAAAAACAUUUUUUAAAAUUUAAAAGAAUAAAAAUUGAGAAAUAGUUUAAGAAAAUUAAUCGAUUCAGUGUGGGAAAUUUGUAUUUUUCAACUUAAUUUUUUUUUAAACUUUAAAAAGAAAUAAAUUGAGCCCAAUUGAUUUAUUUUUUUUUAUGAAGAAUUAAAUAGAUAAAAAUUAAUCAAUUCAGCGUGAAAAUGUUCAAAAAUGUUUUCCUUGCAUUUGGUAUAUUAUAUUAGGUCAACACUAGUUUUAUAAAAAGUAGUACUUUCAAUGAUAAAAUUUUCAUAUUAAAAAAAAUUAUUCAAAUUUAAAGUAGGGUUAAAGUACCCAAAACAUGAAAAUGCUACCAGUUUUUUGUUCUAAUUUAAAGGGAUGGAGGAAGAAAAAUUUUGAGUUUGAGAUAAACUCAAUUAUCCCUGGAGAAAUAAUCACGAUUGUUCAAGACAAAUAUGAUGAAUCAAAAUACCAACCAAAGAUACCUCAGAUAGUGAGUCAAUCUCAAUUUGAAACCUCUUGCAGGGAAUCUAUUUGUAUGAUAGCUUUUAUUCCAAAUUUGCGCAAUAGUGAUUUAGAAGAUAGGUUUGACUUUAUUGAUAUAUUAUAUGACUUGUCAACUAGGGAACGAGCACACAGCAUGAAUUUCUUAUGAGCAGAGCAAGAUCAAUUUUCUGAACUUGAAGCAGUUUUAGGGAUAUCUUCAUUUCCUACUUUAGUAUCAAUAGGACUGAAAAAAUCAAAAUUCGCAGUAAUGAAAUCACCAUUAAAUAAAAUAGAUGCUAUCGAUUUUUAUAGUAAAGUCUUAAGAGGUGGAGUGCCGCUAAAAAAAUACAUAUCAUUACCUCUAAUUCCUACAACUGAUGUAUGACAUAUUAGUUUUGAAAGUAAGAGAAAUGAGAAAAAUCAUGAUUAA